AACAUGUCGGUGGACAAAGGAUUGGUACGAAAUGUGCGCGUGCGAAUCACUGCGCUGCACAACCGCUUUGUCGAAGUGCAGAUUCCAGCGACGGGCGAGAUUCACUGUCUGCCUCGCAUCACUUUCUCAUUCAAUCCUGCUCGAUCGAGUUGGACUGUGAAUCGCAAACAAUUUCCACUCCGUCCUGCAUACGCAACCACUUUCAAUGGGUCACAAGGUCUCACGCUGCAACGCGCCGUUGUCGACGUACGGACAGAUGGCUUUGCGCACGGUCAAUUAUACACCGCGCUGUCGAGAGUACGACAUCGACGGGAUAUUCGGACGUUGUGGUCAGAGGCAAAUGAGGAGAGAGAGACUGCGAAUGUUAUUUAUGCUUCGUUACUAUUGUAG